UAAAGAUCGCAACCGCCAUGCUGGACACCUUGGAACGUGUGCCGACCGUUGUGGAACUGGAAGAGCAGCUUCCUGACGUUCUGGCCUCAAUAGAGGCGGCCGCAAAAACGGGCACGACCUGGUCCAAGGACCUUGACAACGAAAAGAACGAUGAGCAGGAUCCACAACAAGAAUCUCGGGCUAAGCUAGAGGGGGCGCUGAUGCUAGGAUGGCGAGAGGCUUCGUUGGCGAGAGAUCUCGCAUGGAAAGCGCAGCAUCAGAUUCUUCCAGAUGAAAAAGUGGAUGCGGUGGGCGUUGUCCUAGAGUAUCUGGAGAAAGUAGCAGAGAUGCAAGAAAUGCAGCCAAAGGGACUGCCUGGUCGACGCAGGCCUCUGUUAAGGCUCAGUUGCUCCACAGAACUACAAUUAGUAACUGAUGAUCACAAGAAGGGUCCUGCUCCUGCUCCCUUCCUUGUCGUGCCAUAGUAUCACACCGGUCCUGCUUCCUUCCUUGUGCCAUUUGGUCCUUCUUGAUUAUGUCCACCAAUGAGCUACCGUUUAUUCUUGAAAUGGCAAACGGAGAGAUGAUCUGAAGAAGCAAAUAGUAGUGCUGCCUGCCUCUAAAUUGAUAUGAUCAGGCAGGUCGGACAGCUGCGAUUGCCGCGGUGACUUUGGUGGAGAAGUUAGUGCCGACUCGCAUCGAGAUUUCAUCCUUUUCCUCGUCCAUCGAAAACAGCUGCGAUGCGAUAGAAUACGACGAAGAAGAAGACGAGAAGGUCGGUCGUCUCCCACAGGAUGCCUUUGCUUAAGUGCAGUAGCACUAUUUUUAAUUUUAAGUCUUUUUUAACUUACUUCUACUAGAUGACGGACUUACGUACUUACUAGAUAACAUAGACCCACUUACAUACUAGGUAAUGAUGAUAAAAUAGUUGGUGUAGAAGAUUCCACCAACUCUACCACAAUAGUAGACCGCAAAUCAAGAUUGGCUACUAAUAAAUAAGUGGCUUAGGUCCAGCGACGCUUAAGGUCUUCUUAGGGAGGCAUUCGCAACCCUCCCUAUGCCGGUUCUGAUGAGUUGACUGCAUUUUCCUUCUGGGCUGACAGGUGGCAACAGGAUUUUUUCAGGCUGGGAUAGCCGUCGUUUCCCACCUGUCUUUGAGCUUGUUUAUUAAUCCUCGUCCUUGUUGUCCAAAUAUGCUGGCGCUAACACAGUUUUCAUAUGCCGCAUACCUUUACAGGUUCACUCUUAUAUCUAAUAUACACAAAGCACUAAUGGUUGUUCCUUAAUUGGUGUAGUUUCCAACUCCAUGAUUUACUGUUUUUCUCCUCCAGAGAAAUUUCACGUUGAGAAAGGCUUUAUAAUUCAUUGCCAACUGGUGUUGGUCCUGGUCCUGGUGACUGUUACUGAGUAUCAGAGUCCCAACUGCAUACAGUUUUUCUGCAGAUUUUUUACACUGUGCUGAGUGAGAACAAGUAGUUACGCAGACUACUAGAUAAUAGUAAGGCUGUCAUCAUUAUGUUUUCAAUGUUCAUCUUUCUUCAGAUGAUCACAGAUCACGCGCUAAUUUGCGUUGCGCAAUCCCGGAACAGGC